AUGUCUGUAUGUGUCCUAACUGAAACAUACAGACCUGACCUAGAGUUGCAGUUGAAAUGUUUUCACCAUGAAGAUCGACAAGCAAGCACCAACUGGCCGGUCUCCGUUACGAUAUCCGUCAAUGCCAGAAUGCUUUCCAUAGAGAGGAGUGAUAACAGGUUGAUAGCCUGA